AAUACAGAGUGGGAGGGCUAUUGCACUGGCAGUGAAAGUAGAGUGGGCUGGCUGGCCGUUAAAGAAAGUGCCUGCGCCUCAGGACCCUCCUCUUUUCACUACGGCGCUUUUCGCCCGUUGUUCGCUAAACGUGAGACCCUUCUGAUGAACACCGGUCCGUCCUAACGUUACCUUCCCGUUUCCUGUUGAUACAAGGAAGCCCUUGUCUAAUAUUUCCCCAGAAACACAUAUUGGAUUUUUAUUACCUUUUUUUUUUAUUGACCGACGCUAUAUUACCGGCUCCGGCCAUGGCAGCCAACGCGAAGCGAAAACAGGAGGAAAAACACCUGAAGAUGCUGCGGGAAAUGACAAGUUUGCUGCCCAACCGAAAGUGCUUCGACUGCGACCAGCGCGGCCCGACCUACGCCAACAUGACCGUGGGCUCGUUCGUCUGCACGUCCUGCUCAGGCAUCCUACGAGGCCUGAAUCCCCCCCACAGAGUGAAGUCCAUCUCCAUGACGACUUUCACGCAACAGGAAAUAGAAUUUCUACAGAAGCAUGGAAAUGAGGUAUGUAAACGGAUAUGGCUCGGCCUUUAUGAUGACAGAAACUUGGCCAUCCCAGACUUUAGAGAACCCCAGAAAGUCAAAGAGUUUCUUCAGGACAAAUACGAAAAGAAGCGAUGGUAUGUUUCUCCAAAGCAGGCUAAGCCGGUGACGUCGGUUCACGCGUCAGUCUCUGGUUCAUCUGCCAGCAGCACCAGCAGCACUCCAGAGGUCCGACCUCUCAAAACAUUACUGGGGGAAUCAGUACCCACUUUACACCUCAACAAAAACACACCCAGCCAGUCUCCGGUUGUGUCACGCACUCAGCUGACCCAGCAUCAGGACAGGAAGUUCGAUCUGCUCAGCGAUCUAGGUGGCGACAUUUUUGCAGCUCCGCACUCGCAGUCCACAGGCAAUGCAAACUUUGCCAACUUUGCACAUUUCAACAGUCAUUUGGCAGCACAGAAUGCAAAUUCUAAUGCAGACUUUGCGAAUUUUGAUGCGUUCAAUAAUAGUUCUGCUACUCAAACCACAGCGACAUUUCCAUCACCUCCACAAGCCCCAUUUCAACCCGCACAAUCAGUAUACAACAGUCUCCCAUUUAGUCGCAUUGUGGGCGAGUUUACCUCCUCGCUGCCUUCACUGGCCAUGAACAGUAGCUCAUCAGGACUAGCCAAUGCCAACUUUGCGAACUUCGAUAACUUCCCCAAAUCGUGCAGUGCUGAUUUCGCCUCAUUUAGCUCCACCCAGAGUAACUCUGUGGGAGACGGGCAUAAAGUGGAAGCAGUCAGCGUCUCUGCAGAGCGAUACGCAGCCCUCGCCAACGUGUUUGGCAGCAAACCUGAGCAAGGUACGAGUUCAGCCCCUCCAUCAGCAGGUCUGGGUCCUCCACCUCCACAGGCAGCUCUGUUGGGCGGCGAUCGCUACGCUGCUCUAGCUGAACUAGACAAUGUCUUUAGCUCCUCAGCGCCAAACGUGAGCAGCUACAACACUGCCACCACCACACAAGGGUCUGUGUUUGGAUCCUCUGCGGCUGCUCCUCCAGUUCAAGCACAACAGGGUUUACCCAGCAUGCCUCAGGGUUUUGGAGGACCUUCGACGAAUCCAUUCGUCGCUCCGGGGGCUCCGCAGGCCCCUCCCACUAACCCAUUUCAGACCAAUGGAAGAGCAGCAGUACCAGGAGUGGGUGUGGCCACAGCAGCCUCUUUUGGUCAUCCAUCCAUGAGCAUGCCGACUGGGUUUGGAAACGCUGCUGCGUACAACCUUCCCACCAGCUUCAGUGGAAACUUCCAGCAAGCAUUUCCUGGACAGCCGUUCACCCAGCAGCACGCGUAUCCCCAACAACCCAACGGAGGUUUUGCUGCUUUUGGUCAGGGUAAAGUCACUCCGUUUGGACAGAACAUGACAGCGCCUGGAGUAACUAACAAUCCCUUCCUGGCAGGGGUACCAGCAGCACAGUUUCCUGCAGGAGGCUCAUCCACAAACCCCUUCUUAUAGCACGCCUUUGUCCUCUGCUCCUACGGGUCGUUUGGAGAAAAGGAAACUGAACAGAAACGUGCUACUUAUGUCAAUCCUGUGACCUGGCCUGACCUGGAAAUCAUCUGCAUGAUGUGGUUGAUUACUAAGUUAUUGCAAACCUCCUGUUCAUGUUAAUGCUGCAAUUCUGUAUAUAAUUACUUCUUAGAAAUUGCUCAAUUUUAGGUCUUUGUGCAUAUCAGUAUUUGUAUCUUUAACACACAUACACACGCGUCAACACACACAUGCUGCAUUUACGGCGUUGACGUCCGCCAUGCUGUGAAUAACAUUAAGCAAGAAUGUGGAAUCCCUUUUUUGACAUCAUAGUAUCGCUUUUUUGUGCUUUUGGAGUUUCUGAGAUUGAGGCAAAAACAUUGUUUUUUUUUCCGUUACGAGGAGUUUAAACUACAAGACUCUUUCUGAAUGUCAAUUCCUCCUGAAUUCUUGAGACUCAGACUCAAGACCACUUAUGUUACAGAAAUCUAAGUUAAUGUGUGUAUAUAUAUAUAUAUAUAUAUAUAAAUAAAUAUAUACAAUAUAUAUUAAAAGGAAUUUUACCUAAA